AUGCAAGAUUGGAGUAAAUGGCCUACUGUUGAACCAUUAAAAUCAUCAUUAACAUUUGAUUUUAAUAAUAAUAAUAAUAAUAAUAAUAAUAAUAAUAAUAAUAAUAAUAAUAAUAAUAAUAAUAAUAAUAAUAAUAAUAAUAAUAAUAAUAAUAAUAAUAUACAAAUACCAACCAUUAUAACCCCAGCAACAACAAAUUCAACAACUAUAACAAUAACAACAAUAGGUUCAAUUAGUAAUUUAAAUAUUAAUCAAUCAGAUUCAGAAGAUUAA